CACUAAUCGAUGGGCUGGGUAGUCGUGGUCUCUUGCCAGCUCGCGCCUGACGCGGGCUAACUACACUACUAGAUAGCAUGCGGGAGGUGAUACACGCCCUGCGUUGCAUCUUCUGGUGCCUCCGAGGUAUAUACACAGAGCACGCGGAUCGAUCAGACCGCGCUCUGCAACGGAGCAUUUUCAGAGAAACCCCACAUAUUUUCUGACCUUCGUCGCCCGUUGGGUAGAUGGUAUCGUUUCUGGGACGAACAGACAUUCGAGAGGUGAGAUGUAGAGUAACAGACACACACACACACACACACACACACACACACACCCAACUACAGUACCCUCGCUGCGCAUGCGCGCCGAGGGUAAUUAGGUGCGUAUAUACAAAGCUACGGUUUGUUCCACAACACCUCAUAGUAAGGGAGGCAACAUUGAGAGUAGAAGCACAUGCAAUUCAGACAACUACAUAUAGGCAGGCUGGCUCACCAAUAACAACAUAGCAAACUGGAACUUGUCGGUGCAUAGAUAUUUUUGUGAUCCCAUGUGUGAACUCUAACGUGUCUCUGUCUCACCCGCCGCUACCAGGUCAAAG